AUGGAUCAAGAACUAGAACAAAUCAUCGCUUUCCUCAGACGUCCCCUAAGACUUUUGGGCUUAGACGUGCUUGAUUCGAGCUGGAAACUCACACCACUCACGAUCUUCACUAUUGGCAUGUUUAUCAUGCAACAUUAUGCAAGCGGCUGGUCUUUAACAACGCACCUCGACCAAUUCAUUUUGUUUACCGAAUGCUUUUCGACAUCGGCCGUCGGACUAGAAAUAGCGAUCCGGAUGGGACUACUCUUCUAUCACCGCGAAUUGCUAAACGAGACGGUAGAUAUCAUCAAAAAUCAAAAUAAUCUUUUCAGAAGAAGCGAAGGCUUCGCGGCACUUGCACACCAGUUCAACAGAGUCGUAUCCUUCUCAGUGCACAUGAUUGCCGUCAUUUACAUGUCGACGAUGAUGUUCGAGCUGAUUCCGAUCGUGUAUCCCGAUCCGAAGAAAAGCAAUUUGCCACUAGCGGUCUUCAUACCGCACAUGCCGCACGAUGUUGCACCGUACUGGCACAUAAACUACGUCUUUCACACGGUGAUGAACUUAAUCUGCGUGAUGUUCCUCGUUUCUGUGGACGGCACACUCGUGCUGUCCCUUCUUGCGGCGGUCUAUCAGAUCAAGGGGCUGAAGCUAUGUUUCCAGGAGCUCGAUACCAGUGCCGAACAGUCCGAGCUGCAUCGGGAGCUGGUUCAUAUCUGUAAGACGCAUCAAAGCAUCAAGCAAUUUAUCCGUCUGCUGGAACAAACGUACUAUCUAGAUCUGCUGGUCGACUUCGGACUCGUCUGUUUGAUACUGUGCAUGGGGUUGAAUGUGAUCGCAGUCGAUAUAAUGCAACCGAUCGGGUUCUAUCUGAUAUCGGUGGCUUUUCAGUUGUUUCUGCUUUGCUUUUGCGGCAAUCUACUGCUGAUCGAGAGCGACUCCCUGUCGGAGUGUGCGUACUCCAUCGAUUGGCAUCUGAUGCCCGUGGCGGAGCAAAAGAUGUUGAUGUUUAUGAUUGCACAAUCACAAAAACCGCAAGUACUGAACGGCAUCUUCAUGCCACUGAUUAUGUCAAGCUUUUUAUCGGUGAUAAAGGCGAGCUAUUCGUACUUCACAUUGCUACACUAA